CAAACUCUCAAGCGAUAGCACACGCAUAAGUUCAACCAGACAUCAACGAUGAAAUCCGCUCUCUUCCUGCUCUUCUGCGCCAUUUUAAACGUACACGCUUGGGUGGCAUUGAUCCCAAACAAUCUCAAUAAAGCCCCGCCAGGCGGCUGUUACGCCGACAAUAAUAACAUCGGCUACAUGGACAAAAACGAAGUCAAACGCAUACAGGGAAUGUGCGCUAUAGCCAAAUGCCAAGGCAGUUUCAUCGAAAUGGAAGGGUGCGGUUCCGUGUCCUUCGCGCCGCCCUGCAAGAAGCUACCCGGCGAUUUGCGGAAACCCUUCCCGCAUUGUUGCUACGAAAAAAUCUGUCCCGAAGAACCAGAAACCGAUAUCGACACCUUCGAAGUCGACAAUUUGCUCGGCACGGAUUGAACGCGUCACGCUCGACUCCAAGGGAUGAAUUAUUUUAAUCUAUACGUGUAACUUAUAAUUAUAUCGCCUUAAGUAUG